CCCACAACGAUAUAUUAUAACAUAAUAAUUUGAUAUUUAGCAGGUAGGUAUGUAAUAUUGUCAUUUACUAGAUCGUAUUAUUACAUCGAUAGGUAUAUUAUUAUAUCGAAAUAAACGCCGGCGCCGGUGAUAGUUGAUCGAACGACGAAAUCUUUGUAAUAAUAAUAUAUUAUAAUGCUGCCUCGUCCGAGAUAAUGUCUCCGCACCGCUAGUCGCGCGUAGUGGGACACUGCUGGAGCUAUGCUGUGAUGCGGCGGCGGCGGCGCAAGGUCGAAGCGGCCGCAUUGGCGGCGGAACGCCAAGCCGCGGAGUGCCGCGAAACCACUACUUAUAUAUAAUGUAUCCGACAGCGGCGAUUGCCAUGUCCUGACAUACAUUAUUAUAUUAUUCAGACAAGUGCGGAGUUAUAGUUUGUGCGCCGGGUUCACGUCGCAGUCCGCCGAGCGUCGUCGACCACUCUGGGUACGAUCCAACGAUCCGACGCAGGGCGAAAAAAAAUGACGUUUCGUUCGCCGGUAAGUUUCGGCCAUCGACAGGGCCACCUCCGCCGCCACCAUCGUCAGCACAAUAAUACUUUACCGUAACGAUAAAACGUCCGCAUCUCUCGUAAUAUAUUAUAUUGUUUUUGAUUAUCUUAAUAAUAAUAAAAUUCGACGUCGAUCCCUUCCGUAAUACUAUAUACUCAUAUAUAAUAUUAUUAUAAUACGCAAUCGGCCCGCGAUGCAUUACUAUAUGCUGGCCGCGCUGCUCAACGCGGCCCUGGCCACCGGUCAACGGCACGCGGUGUUCUCCGGCCACCGACUGCAGCAGUGGCGACAGACCGGUGACCGGCCAAACUACCUGCACGUGUUGGCCAGCGGCGGCGUGUUGCCCCGCAGGGUGUGGACGCGACAGGCCGACGGCCAACCACAGCACACGACCACCCGCAGACGUCGCUUCCCGACGUCCAACGCGAACCCGGUGAUGGGCCACUGGAGGGCCCUGCACGACAAGUUGGACGUGCAGUCCAUGUGGCCAGGCACGGCCAAGUACGCGAACGAGAUCUACUUGCCGGCCACAACGGACGACUACAUCAGACAGGAAGGAUAUCCGGCGGAGAGGCACACGGUGAUCACGGAGGACGGUUACAACCUGACGCUGCACAGGAUACCAUACAGCCGAAACGAUGACCUGUCGGCCAUCACGAGGAAACCAGCGGUGCUGGUCCAACACGGAAUACUGUGCAGUUCGACGGACUGGGUGAUCACAGGACCCAACAGCAGUCUAGCGUUCAUACUGUCGGAUGCGGGAUACGACGUGUGGCUUGCGAAUUCCCGGGGAAACACGUACUCCAGAAACCACGUGACCCUAGACCCGGCGAGAGAACCGGAAAAGUUUUGGGAUUUCAGCUGGCACGAAAUGGGCACAAUCGACCUGCCCAACACGAUCGAUUACAUCCUGGACAAGACGGGCGAACCAGACUUGAACUACGUGGGACACUCGAUGGGAACGGCCAUAUUUUACGUCCUGUGUUCGGAGAGACCCGAGUACCAGGACAAGGUCCGGUCGAUGUCAGCGAUGGCUCCGAUAGCGUACCUGAACCACGUCAAGAGCCCGAUCAUGACCUUCCUAUCGUCCGUGGCGGACCCGUUGGCGUGGUUGUGCAACAGUCUGGGGUACUACGAGUUCAGGCCGAACGGCAAGAUUUUACUGUUCGCGGGCAAAACGUUUUGCGAAGCCAACUCGCUGGCCGAAGGUGUUUGCGACAACUUGUUGUUUCUGUACGCCGGAUACGAUUCGAAACGAUUGAUCAAAAGCAUCCUGCCCAUAAUUUUAGCACACACUCCAGCCGGCGCAUCCGCACGUCAACUCACUCAUUUCGCUCAGCUCAUGAAACGCGACCAAUGGUUCGGGCAGUACAACUACAACAAACAGAAAAACUUGGAAAAGUACGGACAACCGGAACCACCGGCGUAUGACCUGACCAACAUCACGGUGCCCGUGGCACUGUAUCACGCGCAAAACGAUUGGCUGUCGUCGGUGGAGGACGUCAAGGUCCUGGCGGGCAAGCUGCCGAACGUGGCCGAGAGAAAGGUCGUACCGAUCCCGGAGUUCAAUCACUUGGACUUCCUUUGGGCGAACGACGUGAAAAACUUCGUUUACGACGACCUGGUGGGGUUCAUGAAGAGGCACGACCGGAAGUACGUGGACGUAGGGUUGCGGCCGUCUGCGGAAGUGGACGCGAACGUCGUGCACGUGGAUUACAUCGUAUCCGACGUGGCGUAGCGUUGAAAAUAAGAGAGUUCAGACCGCCUCCGACCCGUACCGCUCAUAUUACGGGCGCGAUUACAUCGCAGGUGGGACGUCGAAGUUUUCCGCCAAUAUCGACCUUUUCUAUUUAUACCGUACCGCCAGUGAAACUUCCAUGAUAUGAAGUCACGCGUGGGGAAAAAAAAGAAAUCGUAUUAGAAAGAGUAAUUCGUUAAAUGUAAUUAAAUAAAUUUGCCGUUCUAAUUUGGUUUGGCUCUCAAAAGUAUUUCGUUAAGACGAAAAUGUUGUUAAAUCAAAGUUUGUUAUACUUUGUUAGACGUUCUACUGUACUUAUAUAUUACAUUUCCAUUGUCCGCCUCGGAAAAUUUCAGUUUUUAGAUUUUGAUAACCCUUAUAGGUUUUUGUAACUCUUAACGCUGCAAGGUAAAGCAGCAUAUAUCUGUCUGCGGUAUUUACUAUUUAGGCCGUUUACACUUUUACAGACGUGAAAGUUGUCAUUUUGUUUUAUUAUUAUUGUAAAAACUGAUGUAUUAUAAUUUAUAAUAUUAUAGAACGCGUAGAUAAUGUUUUCACAAUCUGUACCUUCAAUCCGUUCGUUAUAAAAGGGUAGAGUGAAAAGAUUAUAGCCAUACAUAUUGUGAUAAUUAAAAAGUACUGUUGUUAUUAUUUUAUUAAAGUAUUACAUUUUAUUGUUUUAUGAAACUUCCGCUUGUAUAAACUACACACAUUUUUCUUUGUGAAUAAAAUUAAAAUUAAAUAUUCA